AUGGACAUUGGACCCUGACUCGACGAUUUAAACGAUUUACUUUUGUUAAAUAUUUGGUACAUUACUAUUUAGUAUUUACUAGUUACUACAGUAGUACAAUCAGUGCAUACUGCUAAGCGUCCCUCUCGAGUUUUCCCUGUAUUCGGCAUUCUCAGUUCAAAGUGUCUCUCUGGCCUCUAUUUAAUUGUUAUUGAUUUUUUGCCGAUGACCGGUGAUUGUUAUUCAUCCUACGGGCUACGUCGAAUGUGUAACGAACGAUUUUUAUUUUUCGCGUUCACUUUAGCGUUUAGCAGCACACAGCUGUAACCGCGUUUCCGUUUUUCGUACUUGGUCACUCGGUACCACACUAUCACAGCAAAACAAGUUUCAUCAGUUAACAUAAAGUCAUAAACGCAUGUUUACAAACGCGUCAUGGCGUCUUGCUAAGAUUCUACUAAAUCUCUACCGUUGUUUAGAUUGUUCAAAUUAUUUUUGACGUACAAUUCAAUCUAGAGAAAAGAGAUAAUAUAUCAGGAACAAUGAAUAAUUUGGCUAAUUAUGCUGAUGACGGUUAUAAAAAUAUGCUAAGUAGUUUCCGGACUAAUGAUUUGCAAACACUAUUGGGAGCUUUUGGUCGAAAUAAAGCAGGCCGAAAAUCUGAAUUAAAAGAUCGAGCAAUUGAAUUGUUAAGAUCUAGACCACCUGGAAUGAGUUAUUCAUCAUAUGUAGGAAAAAUAUAUGAUAUAUAUCGUUCCAUGCAAAAUGAUAUGCCUCCUAAUAAUGAUAUUAUGAUGCGUAGUUUAUUGCAAAAUCAACAACAAAGGCAGAUGGUAUCUAUUAAUCAGAUACAGAACCCGCCACAAAGAAUGUAUCAACCACCACAAUAUCCUCAACAACCGAUGCAUAUGGCACGAGCUGGAUUACCUCAAGUUAUGCCUCAAAUGCAAAGAGGCAUGUAUAGUAACCACAUAGGAGCAAAUUCUAUUCCUGGAAAUACUAUGGCUAACAAUAAUAUUCAGUAUAUAUCUGGCAGUUAUCAGCCAUCUGGACCUCGUACUACUAUAGUAUCAUCUCAAUUACCUUCAAAUCAACAAAUAAAUAUGGUAUCACAAGAUGCAUUGGGAUAUGAUAUGAAAACAUCGGGUAGUGGAAACAAUUCUUACACCCCAUCUCUUGAAACUGUAGCCCAAAUCAAGUUCAAAAAAUUACCAUUUUAUGAUGUUGUUGAUGAAGUUAUUAAGCCAACUCUUCUAACUGGCAUGGACAGAAAUACAUUACAAAACGCUCCUAGAGGUAUGAAAGAAACUACAUUUAAACUUCUUUUGUCAUGUGAACACGCCAAUCUCGUUGCCAUGAAUCGUGACAUUUCUCCUGGAAAAAAUGAAUAUAUCUAUCAGUUCCAGAUUCGAAUCUGUCAGUUGGUAGAGCCUAUAACUAGCGAGUGUACUGAUUAUAUGCCUCUUGGAUUACACAUACGACUUGGUUUAAAAGCAUGUCCAUUACCACCUACUGCUCCUAAUACUCGACCAGGAACUGAAUCUAGACGAACUGCAAGACCUAUCAAUUGCACUCAACUUGUUAAACUUUCUCCAAUCGUUAGUAACACAAUCACUAUAAAUUGGACUCCUGAUGGAAAAAAUUACGUUCUAGCAAUGUAUAUUGUAAAAAAAUUGACUGCAGAAACUUUACUAAAAAAACUUCAAGAUAAAGGAGGGAGGAGUUCUGAAGAAACUAAAAACUAUAUAAUUAAAAAGUUAGCUGAUGUUGAUCCAGAUUUGGCCACUACAUCUUAUCGUUUUUCCUUGGUGUGUCCAUUGGGUAAAAUGAGAAUGAAGAUACCAGCAAAAUCUAUUCAUUGUGAUCAUUUACAAUGUUUUGAUGCUAGUACAUUUAUUUUAAUGAAUGAGAAAAAGCCAACAUGGAUGUGUCCAACUUGCAAUAAACCUUGUUUGUAUGAUGAUAUACAAAUAGAAAAUUAUUUUUUGGACAUUGUUUCAAGUCCAACACUCAAAUAUUGCAGUAAGGAAAUUGAAAUUUUGGCUGAUGGCACAUGGAUAGUUUAUGAAGAAAAUAAAGAGACAAAAAACACCAAUAGUACUCCUGAUACCAAAGUAAAACCUAUUGAUUCUGUAGACUUAGACAGUGACGAUGAAAAAUGCAUUGAACCAAAAACAGAACCUUGCCCUGAAAGUUCUAGACCCCCAGAAUCUGAAAACUUAAAGUCAUCUUUUAUCGAUUUGACAUUAAGUGACGAUGAAGAACCGCCAAAAGAAAAAGAUAAACAAGAAAAUGAAGCCCAAGCAGCUGACGCUAUAGAACCAAUUGCUGUAGUUGAUUUAAAACCGCAAGCUCAAGUACAACCGCAACAAGCUGUUACCAGCUCUGAACAAGGAGUAGUAAUUGAAAUAGACAGUCCAUCUCCUCCUUCAAGUCCUACCCCUACGACUGAAGCUUCCUAAUUUAUUUUUAUUUUUAUUUAAUAUUGUAAUCAAUUUUGAUAUCUAUUAAUAUUUAAAAUUUUGAUAUCUAUAAACAUUUAAAUUUUGAUUAUUUAGUUCAAUCCUUGUAGCAUCAGUAUAUUUAAGAUUAAUAUAUUUUUUUUAAUGACAUAUUUAAUAAGUAUUAAAAUAUUAAUUUUAUAUUCUUUCUUAAUAUUGGAAUAUUUAAUAAUUUAUUAACUAAUUUAGUUUAAAUUGAAUAUAGUAACAUGGUUCCCGUGUAAUAUUGGGCCUUGUAGAAGAAAAGUUACAAUAUUAUUCUUAUAAAAAUGGUUAUUAUAAUAAAUAAUUAAAAUAAUAAAUCCCAUCACUUAAGAACAACCUAAGGAUAUCUAAUAAAUUAGUCACUGACCUACAUAUUUCAUAUACUUAGAUAUCGCACAUAAGACUACGAGUAAUAAUGAAUUUAAAAAUAUUCAAAAUUAUUUUAUUUAGUAUGUUAUUAAUCAAAGAUUACCAACUGAAUGUUAGGACAUUUAUCACCCUUUAGUAGAAUAUUUUUAAAUAACACUUAGCAAAAAUGUUAUCUAAAAAAUAUCUUUGUAAUUGCAGUUCAAUAUAAAUUAAAU